AUGUCUCUGUCGCCGGACCAGAUCCCGCUCAUCAAGGCCACUGUGCCUGUCCUCCAGCAGCAUGGCGAGACCAUCACUACGGUCUUCUACAAUAACAUGCUGGGUGCCCACCCGGAGUUGAAUACCAUCUUCAAUGCCUCUAACAAGGCCAACGGGCACCAGCCUCGUGCUCUGGCCGGCGCUCUCUUCGCCUACGCUACGUAUAUCGACGACCUAGGCGUGCUCUCCCCCGCCGUCGAGCGCAUCUGCCACAAGCAUGCCUCGCUCUGCAUCCCGCCCGAGGGCUACCAGAUCGUCGGCAAGUUCCUGCUCGAAGCCAUGGGCCAGGUCCUCGGCGAUGCCCUCACACCGCCGCUGCUCGACGCCUGGGCCGCCGCCUACUGGCAGCUCGCCAACCUCAUGAUCAGCAAGGAGGCCGACCUAUACAAGGCCGCCAACGGCUGGACCUCGUUCCGCGAGUUCCGCGUCGCACGCAAAGAGCCCGAGUCGGACGUGAUCACCUCGUUCUACCUGGAGCCCGUCGACGGCGAGACCCUGCCCUCCUUCCUCCCGGGCCAGUACGUCUCCAUCCAAGUCCCCGUGCCCCAGCUCAACCACGCCCAAUGCCGCCAGUACUCGCUCAGCGACCAGCCCCAGCCAACAUACUACCGCAUCAGCGUGCGCAAGGACCCAGGCCUCAACCCGGCUGAUCCAAGCGCACCCGCACACCCAGGCUACGUGUCCAACAUCCUGCACGACAACGUGCAUGUCGGCGACACCGUCAAGCUGUCGCACCCCUACGGCGACUUCCACCUGGACUCGUCGAGCGCGUCGCACCCGCUCGUCCUGAUCUCCGCCGGCGUCGGCCUCACCCCGCUCACGUCGAUGGUGAACAGCCUGGCUGCAGUGGAAGCAAGUACACGGCCCAUCCACUUCAUCCACGGCGCACAUACGUCUACCUCGCGCGCCUUCCAGGACCAUCUGGCCUCCCUCUCCAAAACCCUCCCGAACUUGUCCACUACAUACUUCCUGACGAGUCCCACUGAGAGUGACAAGCAGGGCGAGAACUACACACACGCCGGGCGAGUGGACCUGGCUAAGCUCGACAGCACUAAGGACCUAUUUGUUGACAAUGACAAGACGGAGUACUACGUCUGCGGGCCGACGGGGUUCAUGCUGGAUACGAAGAAGGCAUUGACGGCGCAGGGCGUUGAUGAGACGCGUGUGCAUAUGGAGCUCUUUGGGACGGGUGGUGUAUAA